AAGGUUAUUGUCAAUAUUGGUUGUCAAAUACUUCAAGCUGAAAAUGUUAUAAUGGGGAUGUAAUUAAAAAAAGAUAUAAAUUCAAAACAUGUCGAAAAGAAAUAGAUAUCCUAUUUUUACAGUUAUUUAGUGAUAUAGUGCCGUGAUAUAAUGGAAAAGGAAGUGCAUUUAAUAGGAAAUAGAUUAUCUCAAGAUGACUGGUUUGCAAGCAACACACUAGUGUAUGUGUUCCGAUAUCUAGAUUCCACAGAUUUGCUACGUGCUUCAAGAGUUUGCAAAUUAUGGCAUGAAAUAAUUGACAAUCCAACAUUUUGGCAAUGUGUUACUAUAAGAGAAUCGAGAUUGCAUUUUGAACUUAUGGCAGAUUUUUUGAGCAAACAAAGUACUAGGCAUUUGCGAUUGAUUGAUUGUAUUUUUAUGUUGAACACAGAGUUCUUAAUUAAAGCAUUACUCAAAAUGCCUUUAUUACGAAAGAUAGAAUUUUCGGAAUGUUCAUCAUUGCUGAUUGAAAGACUUCCUGAAGCAAACUGCAAUUUAGAACUUAUUAAUGUAAACUUAAUAGGAGGAUUUGGCGUUCAUUUGGAUUUGGGAUUUGUAGAAAAAUUGCCAAAUAUUGUGGAUCUCCGUCUAAAUUGCAAUAGGGACAUGAUCUCAAUAGAAUCACUUUGCAAGUUAAAAAAGUUAAAUUAUUUAUCUAUAACAGCUGUAAAAAAUUUAAAUAACUUAAAUUUAAAUGUAAUUACUAAAAUCACUAGCCUUAAAUCUAUAGCACUUGGAGAUUGCUGGAACCUAGAUAGAGAUUUCGGCAAAGAUGUUUUAUCAAAAUUCAAUAAUCUUGAAAGGCUUAGAUUGGAAAAUUGUAGGGAGUGUCAUUUAGUACAAAUAUUGGAAUCUGUUAGUGAAAUGCCCAAGCUAAAACAUUUAGAUUUGAUUGGUAUAAAUGUUGAUAAUGGAUUCAACAAAGCACUGGCAUUUUGCAAAAAUCUGAGAAAAUUAACUAUUGUUCCAAACCCACGAAGAUUAAAAAGUGCAGAUGGUAACACUAAGAUUAAGGAUGGUAUUUUGCAGCUUAAAGAUGAUCUUCAUUUUCUGAGGUGGGGUUUUACACCACAGUAUUUGUCAUUUAUUUCAAAAAUGUUUGAAGCUGAAAAUUCAGUGCCAUUUUUAUUAGAGUCAAAUAUUCCUAACGAUGGAGCUCAAUUAAAAAUUGAAACUAUCCCUUUAUAUGAACUUGAAACUAUGUUAACCAUAAAUAUGCCAAAGACUAACAUUAGAGUAGUUAUCUUUGAUCCCAAAUGGCCGAAUACUACUUAGGACUGUGUUAUGAAAUUAACAAGACCCUUAUUUCAAUUUAUUAUGGUGCUAACUAUUGAUUUUCUAAAACAAAAACUUUGUAUUUUAUAUCUUUUAGAUGCAAAAAAUAUAGUUUGCAAAUAUGUACUACUAAUAAGACACUUUAUUAUUUCCAUACUCUGCAUCAUUAUGACAAUUCUGAAAAUGUGUGCCCCAAAAAUUCAAUUAAAUCCCAUCAUAUACAUAGUUACAUACUAGUAAGAGGGUAAAUUUAUUUUCAGAAUAACAAAUCCAAUUUGAAUCAAGUAAAGUCUUUAUUUUUAGAAUGUCCCAAUUUUUAAGCAUGAAAGCCUGCAAGUUUUAUGUUGUGUAUGUAUUUCUCCUAAUUCUUUAUACAUUUUAUUAACAUUUUAAUUCAUUAUAUUAUGUAUGCCUACAUAUAAAUGUGAUAUAGCUAUUUAUACAAUUAUAAAAUGACUUAAGAAAAUAUAGUCAGGUAAAUUUGUGAUUAUGUAAUACAUUUGUAUAAAAUUUGGUUUUAUAUAUAUUGAACUGUUAAGUGUUUUGUUAGACCAUGUCCCGUAAUCAAACGCAUUUGACUUUUCUGCAACUGAUUAUUGCUGGAAUUUCCUAUGUGAUUUAGGCACAUUUCAAUGAUAUUUUGCAGCAUAUGUUAUAAUAUAAUCCGAUGGUUUUCCAAAGUUUUUGCCCUUGACAAAUUGUAGACGAGUGACACAAACAAACCGCUACUUGCCAUAGAAUAAAAAGAAAUAAAACAAACAACCUAACAAAAUUUAUUUUAAUUUCAGAAAAUUU